CCAUUAAAUGCCGAUUCUUCUAUCCUAUUCUAUUCUUCCUCGAUUCUACUCUCGUUUCUCUGUAUGUAACUCUGUGAAUUCACAUGAAUACGCGACGCGACAACAGACACAGACAGAGUCUCGUAUUUCAUGACCUUCUUUUUUUUGUGUGUGUGUGUUCUUAAGUGCUUCGCUGCUUUGACAAUGAGAUUCCGCAGGCAGACAGAUCUACAAAUCCAAUCCGUCGAUUGAUUCUCCUCGCCCACACAACGCUCCAAUGGCUCAGUACACGCAGCAGUUCCUCAACAGCGUCCUCUCCCAGCGUGGGCCGUCGGCGCUGCCGUACGCGGAGGACAUGAAGUGGCACAUCCGGCAGCACUUGUUGUACCUCACCGAGGCCUACCCUUCCCUGCAACCCAAGACCGCCGUCUUCACGCACAACGAUGGCCGCACCGUCAACCUCCUACAGGCAGACGGCACCGUCCCUAUGACUUUCCAAGGCGUCACGUACAACAUCCCUGUCAUCAUCUGGCUCAUGGAGUCCUACCCUCGCCACGCGCCGCUCGUCUUCGUCAAUCCUACCCGCGACAUGAUCAUCAAGCGCCCCCACCCCUUCGUCUCCCCCAACGGCGUCGUCUCCGUUCCUUACCUUCACUCUUGGGUCUUCCCGGCCUCCAAUUUGGUCGAAUUGGCUAGAAACUUGAGCCAUUUCUUCGCCCGCGAUCCGCCGCUGUACUCGCAGCGUAAGGCGUCAAACCCUAAUUUGAAUCAAAGCUACGGGAGCGCCAAUUCUUCUGCUGGAUCCACUCCGGCGCGGCCGGCGAUCCCUCCGAGAGACUACCCCCCUUCCCCGACCCCACCCGCUCCGUAUGGAAGCGGUAGGGUAAUGGACGAUCCGGCUGAGGUAUUUAAGAAAAACGCCAUAAAUAAGCUCGUGGAGAGUCUGAAUGGUGAUAUUAAGAACAUGAGGAAGAGUAGGGAAGGGGAAAUGGAAGGACUCUUUGCAACGCAGGCAGUGUUGCGAAAACGUGAGGAGGACUUAACCAAAGGCUUGAAGGAAAUGCAGGAUGAAAAGGAAGCACUCGAGCAGCAGCUACAAAUGGUUUUGAUGAACAGCGAUGUUUUGGAGGGAUGGAUAAGGGAGAACGAAUCGAAAUUGAGGGGCAACGAUGUCGGCAAUAUUGACAUUGAUGAAUGCUUUGAGCCCUGUGAUGCUCUGUCCAAACAAAUGAUGGAUUGCACAGCAUUGGAUUUGGCGGUUGAGGAUACUAUAUAUGCUUUGGACAAGGCUGUGCAGGAAGGAGCAGUGCCAUUUGAUCAGUACUUGAGGAAUGUGAGGCUUUUGGCACGAGAGCAGUUUUUCCACCGUGCCACCUCUUCGAAAGUUAGGGCCAUCCAAAUGCAGGCUCAGGUUGCUAGCAUGGCUGCCAGGGCACCCCCCUCCCAGUAUGCAUUCUGAUCAGGUUGUAUAUAUCUUCUUCAUUGUGAUAUUGUUUUUGUUUUCGUAUGGUUUGGUGAUAUAUGAAUAUUGCAUGUGAUUAAUGACAGCUUCUUACUACAGAUAUAUUCUGUUUCUGUAGAAUAGGGAAUGUUCUUUGUUCAUUUUGUGUUUUGAGAAAGGGUCGUGGGUCUGAAGCUUACUUUUAACCUGCUAUUGGGAGCACUGAAAUUUGAUUAACUUUUGUAGUUGUUUUGCUAUUCGUCGCUACUUUAGAGGAUAUACAGAGAUGGCUUUGUUA